AUGUUACUAUCAUUCGUGUCCGUGCCGCAGUGAGUGACUGAGUGGGCCACGCGCACGCACGUCGCACACGCUGCACGCCGAAUUCGCGAGUGCCGCAUUGCUUUAUAUAGGGCUAUCCAAGAUGUCGGCGUCGAUCGGAGUGUCGGAGUACUACGCGGACAAGUCCAUCUUCAUCACCGGAGCCACCGGCUUCAUGGGCAAGGUCCUGGUGGAGAAGCUGCUGAGGAGCUGCCCCGACAUCUCCAGGAUCUACCUACUAAUGAGACCCAAGAAGGGACAGAAUAUCGAGCAGAGAUUGGACGACUUUAUUAACUGUAGGAUCUUCGACAAACUUCAAGUGAACUCGCCGAAAUGCUUCAAGAAGCUCCACCUCAUAGCUGGAGACGUGCUGAAGGAGGACCUGGGCAUCUCCAUCGAGGACUGGGACCUGCUGCAGAAGGAAGUCAACAUUGUGUUCCACUGCGCCGCGUGUGUCAGGUUUGACAUGUUCAUAAAAGAUGCAGUGGAUCUCAACAUGGUGGGCACUCUGAGGGCACUGAAGCUGGCGGAGGGUAUGAAGAAUUUGGAGGCGUUCGUCCACGUGUCUACAGCUUACUGCCGCUGCGAGCUGGAGUCGCUGGACGAGAAGCUGUACCCGUUCAAGCACGACCCCCACAAGGUCAUGGACAUGGUGGAGUGGAUGGACCACAACACCCUGGCGCGCCUCGAGAAGGAAUUGAUUCACCCGCAACCGAACACGUACGCCUACACCAAGUCCCUGACGGAAGACCUGGUGGCGCAGUACGCCCACAAGUUUCCCAUCGCCAUCGCAAGACCGUCCAUUGUAACGGCGGCGUACAAGGAGCCGUUGCCGGGCUGGAUAGACAACCUCAACGGACCCACGGGGCUGAUGGUGGGCGCUGGUAAAGGCGUGAUCCGCACGAUGCAGUGCAACCAGGACUACAACGUGGACGUGCUGCCCGUCGACAUGACCAUCAACGGCUGCAUCCUGUUGGCGUACUUCAGGGCGCUAGACAAAUCCAAAGAAGUGCGGGUGUGCAAUCUGACUCAGUCCGGAGUGAACCCCAUCACGUGGGGCGAGGCGCUGGAGUUGGGUCGUUACCACGUGAAAGACUAUCCGUUCUCGAUCUGCCUGUGGUACCCCAACGGCGGGCUGAAGAGCAACCGCGUGCACCACGAGCUCGCCCUGUUCUUCACGCACCUGGUGCCGGCCUACCUGAUAGACUUCCUCGCGAUACUGAUGGGGAGGAAGCCUUUCAUGGUGAAGAUCCAGAAGCGUGUGUCAUACGGCCUGGGCGUGCUGCAGUACUACACGACCAAGCAGUGGCACUUCAACAACGACUACUUCCGCUCCAUGGGCAAGGCGCUCUCGGCACAUGACAACGAGGUCUUCUUUACUGAUAUCAAUCUGUUAAACUGGAGCGACUACAUCAAGGACUACAUAAAAGGAGCGCGGGAGUUCUGCUGCAAGGAGGACCCCUCCACGCUGCCGCAGGCGCGACGCCUUCACAAACAGCUAUACUACCUGGACCUGUUCGUGAAGCUGCUGUUCCUGCUGCCGCUGGUCUACUGUCUCUACACGUAUCUCGUUAAAUUAUUCCUUUAAGGUUAAGUAUUUAUUUAAUUAAAUUGUUACGUAGUUAUGAUAAGACUAAAUAAAUUUUUACUUUUGACAAUAA